CUACCUAGUUAUGCAGUUGGUGAAGUUUGCAAGUGAGCUUAGAUGUUUUGAAAACACGACAGGCGAUGAGAGAAAUGCACUGUACUUGUGUCACAAUUUUAAAUUCAUUCAAGUGAAUGCGUUCUAACAGCACCGAACUAGACGAGACGAGGGGGUGGCAACAUUACAUGACCACAGUUCCCUGUAACAUGUCAGCAUUGCUCGAGUCGGUAAAUUUGAUCGAGUGUCUUUUAAUAUUUGGUGUUUGUAUCGACGAAGCUUCUAUGUCCAUUAUCAAUGAUUUUCGGCAUCGCAAGAAGCAGAGUGGAGAUAAUUCGAUCUGGUUUGACUUUGACAAAGUCUGAUUUCCUGGUAAAUCAGUUUUUCAUUUUUCACUAAUAUGAAUAUGAUUUUGCCUGUGUGUAGUGCAGGCGUCUGUCUGUAUCUUCAUGUGACAUAGUGUCAGUCAACGUUCCCUCUAAGGUUUGCUGGUUUGUGUGCAAAAUCAUACAAUACAGUUGUGUGCAAAGUUUUACAGCAUACAUUUUUUUUGUGUGCAAAAUAUUUCAGCCCACAAACACACACUUACAUAGAAAUUAGCUGCGGGGUACUCAAAACUGCUGCAGCGUCUAUGAGAUAGCUGUGCGGCCGCAGCUUAAAGGGAAUAUUGGUGAUAGUGAGUGUGUUUGAUGUUAUAGUUUAUGUGAUUUAAUAUUUAAUGCAAGAUUUAUUUAUUUUACUAGAAAGAUUUAAUAUAAAAUUACUUUUUGUAUUGUUUUAAAAUCUUUUCUUAAAAGAAGGACUGGAACAGAUAAAUUAAUUUAUAUUCAGUUUUUGUCUAACUAUGAUGAAUUUAACAUCCAGCUGCAGGAAAGAUACAGAUAAAGAGGAGGUAUCAAUAAUUUCACACGAAAAAGAAUUGCACCUUAUGACAGAAAAUCAUCUGCUAAAAUAGCUUUUAAAAUUCCAACAACAUAAGUUGCUAAUACUUUUAAAAGCUGUCUUUGUUCACUUUUAAUAUUCAUAAUCUGGCUUCAGAUGAGGUAUUUUUGUACUCCUACAAUAUAAUAAUGAGACUAUUGAGACUGGCAAAGAAGGGAGCUGAUGAUAUUUCUUCUAUGCUGUAAUAAAUUCUUUAAAAAAAUUCUUCCAACAGAAGUGUCAAGGUGGAGCUGUUUUACAAGUCCUAUGCUGGUCAAAACAAAAAUUGGAAACUGUUAAGGUUUUUGUACUAAACGAUGCAUCACAAAAAACGUUUUGAGUGCGUCAAAAUUUCUUUUCCCAUCUGUGGUCACAAUUGCAAGGAAUAUGAAUGUGAAAAGGCUUGCAUGAAUAUGAAGGCAAGAGCUGAGAUUCCAGAUGACUAGAUGAAAUUUUUCAGAGAAGCUCACUUCAUUCUGUGUUUUACUAAGGUCUGGAGAGCAGUUCUUCAUGGUGUCGUGGUGCUCAAACCUUUGUACCAAGCUACAUGCCCAGUACAAACUUCUCCUUUUAGAGAGGUCAUCUUCAAAAAGGUACAUCCAGAGAUGAUGCUCUACCGUGACAAUUGGCAUGAUCAGCUUUCCUCAGCCAUUCUGUCCAACCCCAUGGGGAAAAAGACAUUGGCACCAAUAUGAGACAAUAUGCAACCUUUGUAUUCUGCAAGACUGCCCCUCAGCCAAGCCAAGUUUGACGACUUGCAGGUUUUGAAAUGACUCUGUUCUCAGAUGGCACAAAAGUUCUUCGACAAGCUGCUGAGACCAAGCAAACCGUUGAGACCAUACAAACCGCUGAGACCGUGCAAACCGCUGACAGUGAAUAAGAAACAAAAAUUUGCAACACAUGCAUAAACAAUGAACUAGAUGACAGAUGUUUAUUGCCUUUUAAUAUUUUCAUUCUGUUUUGAAUAACUAAAAAAAAGAAAGAAAGAUAAACCCAUUAUGUUGUGUUUUUUUUUUACUUAUAAAAUACACGUCAUAUAAUGAAAGGGAAAAACCAGUGAUGUCAUUUUUGUCAUUGCUUUUAGAAAACAUAUCUAUUGUUAUGUGACAAAUUUAUGGCUAUUAUUGCUAUUAACCCAAAAUUUUGACUUAUAUUUGCAUUAAAAGUCUUUAAACUUUAUUGUUAAUUUUUUCUCCAAAAUGUGAAAACUUGACAUUAUGGUUUUUCCAUUGAGCCUUUUGGAUAUUUCUCCCCCAAUUUACCUAAAACUUGGUGUGGGCUGAAAAAUGUCACUUUUACAUUCUAUUUGUGGUUGCAGCAAAUAAAAAAAAAAUGACAUGGAUAGACCUAUGAUAGUUAAUGGGUUUGGAAAGUUGUACCGGUACAAUUUUUGUUGUUGCUAUAUUUAAUUAUGUAUUUCUUUAUUUAUCUUUUCUUUAGCUUUGGUCUUCUUAUAAAAUCAUCUAAAUAAAAAAAACACAGACAGAUUACCCUUGCCUUUAAUAUUUUAAAUCAUUUACACAAUGAACCAAUGCCAACCUAUAAUAAAUUUUAAAUGUAAAAUCACUUUUUAACAAAAAUUUUUUUUUACACCAUUUCAAUUUUAUUAAAGCAAUGGUCCCAAAUCAGAAGCUGCAGAAUGUCCUUACUGAAUCACUGGAUGCAUCUGUGUCCAUUGAAUGUCAACUAAAUGGGAAAAGGUAUAUCAAUAGAGCGGGGUACGACUCACAUGGAUCUGAAUCAGAGCAGCUGCUUGGAGACCAAUAUUCAGGAACCAUCUUCAAGGAAAACUGUAAGUUACAUGAGAAUUAUUUACAUCAUAGCAGUUAUUGUUGAAAUCUGAUUCUAUGCCAUGCUUUAGUUGCUAGAAAAACAUAUGACUGGUGGCCUCUGUGAAAAAUAACUUAUAAACAGCCAGUCAUUUGAUGAUGUUUAAAAUUGAGCUUAUUAUAUAAAAUUCAGUCUUUGUUUUUGGCUGUCAACAAUUUUUAUAUUUUCAUCAAUAAUUUUAUAUUAGAACCCAAAUGCAGGAAUUAAAUAAUUGAUUAUUUUUCAUUUAACUUAAUUUAUAACUUUUAAAUUAUUUGUUUCUAAAAAAAAAAUAAUGCAGUAAAUAAUUUUAUAUAGGCCUACAUUUAUAAAUAAUUUCAUAAUUUUGAUGGAUUUAAAAAUAAAUCUAGUAGGCAAAACUAAGAAGAUAAAAUUAAAAUUUAUUGCUCAAAUAAUGGACUCCACAGCAAACUGAAAUUUUCAUUACUUAAGGCAACAUCACAUUAGAACUUUUUAAUGACCAUUUCACUUAUUUGCAUGGAAAACUUAAAAUUAUUUUCUAUUUUUUAACAGACAGCCCAAGCCACAUAAAUAAAAUAUAGGAUGUGUAAAAUUAGAAACUAGUUUGUUUUUUUUUUUUGUUUUUUACAAAAUAAACUUUUAAUUUUAGACAAAUAUUUCACGUCUCACUGGGAGACCAUCUCUUAGAUUUUUCUCUCUUUAAAUAAAAAAAACAUUCAAGGUUGCAGCAAGCCUACCUGUUAUGUGCCCGCCCGCUACGUCUUGGCCCUCUGGUCAUUUCUGGGAUUCAUCAACAUGUUCACACUCAGGAUGGACAUGAACAUUGCAAUACUUGCCAUGGUGGAGAACUGCUCCAGCAAAGUACAGUUUGAACAUACAAGUACAGAAGCAACCAUUGUCAAUGCCACUCAUUAUCACGUGAGUCAUUUGGUCACAUUUCACCACUUUUGACCACUUUUGACCACUUUUGGCUGAAUUAUGAGCAAAUGUUUAAACCUUAGCUUUAAAUGAGACUCAUAUUUAAAUGGGUUUAUUGCUGGGGAUCGUUUUUGAUGACUGGAAAAAGAUAAUUUCUUUCCCCUUGAAAUGUGAAUUAAAAUUUAUGAAAAUGAUUUUUGUUUUGGAAAAGGGGAUGGAGGGUUUUAAUGUUUUAAGGGGGAAGAUUAAAUGUUAUAAAGGAAUAAUUGGUGGUUUUAAAGUGUUAAUUUUCUGUUAAACAAGUAUAAUUUAAAGUACUUAUUAGAACAACAUUGUAAGCCUACUUUUCGUGUAAAAUUUAAUGUUUUGUCUGCAUCAUCUAGUUAUUAGAAGGUAGUUAUUUUAAUGCUAAAUUGCAUUUCUUAAUUAUUUUUAAUAAAUUGCACAAUUUUGAAUUUCUGGAAAACUUAAAGUUAAAAUAUUUACCAGUUGAAGGCUGCAGUUGUGUUUUUUUUCAAUAAAAUCACAUUUUCAUUUCAAGAGCUUUCUUUCAUUUUACCGGUAUUAAGAAAUUAUAUAUUUUUUGAAAAAUUUCUUUAACUUAAUGAUUUUUCAUUAGGCCUAAAAAAAAUUGUUCUCCAGCCCAACAAAUUUCACUGGUCUGAGAAACAACAAGACCUCGUCCUGGGAGCAUUUUUCUAUGGUUACUGCAGCACUCAGAUAUUAGGUGGUUACCUGUCUGGCAAACUAGGGGCCAAACUUAUUUUGGGGCUGGGAAUCCUUAUGACCUCCAUUUUGUCCCUGCUGACACCCAUCGCGUCAGAACAGAGCAUCUACCUGCUUGUUGCUUGUAGGAUAAUGCAAGGCUUGGCUCAGGUAUCUGCUGUCAAGUUAGAGUUAGGAGAUCUUAACUUUGUCACUGAUAGAAAAAUAAAAUAUUUUUAAAAAAAAUUAAGUGCUGAAGGAAAUGCACAGACAAAGCUUUAAGAGUUUUAUAGUUUUACUGUUAACCUAUAAAUGGUUUAAUUUUUUUUUUUUUAAACUGUACCUACAUCUGGAAGAGAGCAAUAGAAUGUUCACUCUUCCUUUCAUUUGUCUGCAAUUAUGCUUGCCUCAGGCUUUAGAUUUGGGUUCUGUUUGAAACAUUAACUUUAAAUGCAUCUUUACUUUUGAAAAUGUAACUAUAUUUUUAAAGACUUCAUGUUCGUUCACUCAUCUGGUAAGCUGACGGUAGCAUUAAACUUUUUAAAAUAGUGGCCAUAUUGCCUGGUGAAUUUAAAGCAGAUUGGGAAAGUUUUAUCUGUGUUGAAAAAUAUUAACUUAAAUUAUUUCACUGAUAAUUUAUUAUCCUUUUUUUCAAAUUUCAUUUUUGAGGAAUUAAGACAAAACAUUUUUAUUCUUCAAGGGUCUUGCUCAGCCAUGUAUGCAUACCAUGUGGUCUAAGUGGGCUCCUGAUAAAGAGAAAAGCUGGCUAAUGACAAUAACUUACGCUGGUAAAUCAGAAACGUUUUUGGACCACCUGAAGCCUAAAAGCUUUUGACAAUUAUAAUGUAUUUACCACUUUAAAAAAAAGAGGACUACAUCCGUGUCUCAUAAUUUGGGUUGUAGGCCUAUACACCGAUUAAAUGUCAUCAAAGUGACACAAUACCAAAUUAUAGUUUAAUUCACCAAAAUGUUAAUUAAAUAACACAUUAAACACAGCCCUCCGUUAUAUUAUUAUCCUUUAAAAUUUUACCAGAAAAGUUAUUUUUCAACCAAACAAAAUUGAAACUUAAAAUCACUAUAAUUUCAGGCUGCCAGGUUGGAACUGUUGUGGCCACCUGGGCGACUGGCUACAUGGCAGAGAGUGACAUCUUAGGUGGCUGGCCUUUUGUCUUUUAUUUUUUUGGUAAGAUACGAAAUCUUACUCCACUCAAAAGUCAGUUUUUUUUUUGAGGAUCAUAAAAAGUUGAUUUGUAUUCCUAUUAAAGUUUAUCCCUGGCUAUGACUUUGUAUUUCGGUGUAAAUGUAGGCUAUAUAUAUUUUUUAUAAAUUAAGGAUUCAAAAUUUCUAUAAGUAAAAGCAGAGGAAGCUUUAGUUAAAGAGAGUUUCAGCCAAAAACAUAACAAUCUUAUCCGAAGUUUAAAAAUAUUGUAUUCAUUAUAUGUUAAAAUGUCAGUAAGUCUAUCAAAUAUAAUAGGCCCCUACAUUUUUCAAAUGUUUCUUCCCAAGUGGCCUUAAAUUAAGUGCCACAAAUAUAUAAGAUAUUUCAGUGGUGGCUCCAAUAGCCACACAUUUUUCAAAACAAUAUUUGGCCUUUGCAGUGGAGUGUGGACUUCCUGCUGUUCUCUGCUAUCAAUGUUUUCUAAUCACAAUUAGUAGUAGUUCUGAAGGGGUGUACGUAUAUAUAAUUUUGUCCUAUUGCUCUGUUUAAUAGCAAAAAAAAUACAUUCCCCAAAAGGGCACUAAACAGCAUGUAAAAUUGUGUUCAGUAGCCGAGCAAGAUACAGUUUCCAAUUUCUAAAAGGGAUUCUUAAUAAACUGAUUGUGAGAUACAAUUUUUUCUGCUUUAUGUAAAUCAGGGGUCACCAAACUAUGGCCCAUGUGCCGGAUCCGCGACGUUAGCUCAUCAGGCCAGCUGACCGUAUUUGAAUUUGCUUGAUAAAACGUAUUGAACACAAGACGUUGUGAUACAAUUUAAAUAUUAUGUUUAUAAUUAGGUACUACGUUUAAAAAAUUUUUUAAAAAUUCCAAAAAAGUAUACGAAUAUUACAGUUAUAUAGAGCAAAUUUAAAUAAAAAAUGAAACCAGAAUCAACUUUCUAUCUUUAGUACUUUUUGAGCUCUGAAUUUUUUAAAGUUUGAGUUCGUUUGGUAUUUUUAACUAUGGACUGCACCUCCAUAUUAUUUGACCGCAUUCCACUGAUCGCGUCAUGCGCAAUAACUCUUGUUUAAACCGGGUAUGUUAACUUUAUACAACUUUUAUUUCAGUAUUAAUCAUUAAGCUUAAGUAUUAAAAGUUCGGAUUAUAAAAUUAAUUUUAACAAUAUACUGCAAUAAUGAACGAAUUAUAACUUAUGUAGCCAUGCAACAUGCAUUAUUGCAUUAAAAACGAUAUGGAUAUUUUGUUAACAUGUCUAGCAUCCGUUAUAUAAAUAGUAUAUAGUCUAUAUAAGCCAAUAUAAGGCAUCGUAAGGCAAGCCGUCCUUUUAAAACAAUACUGGUUCAGGACUACUUCUUCUGAACUUUCAACUUAUGCACAUGACUAAUAAAUUAAAGCUUUCUGUCACCAAUGAUUUAAUAGUGCAUCUCUUUAUGAAUGACACAGUGAGAAAAGAACAUGCAAGUGACUGUGAAUAGUUGCCCAUGACAACGUUUUGCACUCAGCAAAUUAUGAUCAUUUAUAAUAUGAACUAUACAGGGUUUUUAAACCUCAAAUUAAAAUAUUCUUCUUUAAAUGCCUUCCAAGUUCAUUCUAAAACACACGUUAUCAAAUAUUUUGAUGUAAAUGGUGGUAAUAAAUAAAUAUUUCCUAAGUAUCGGCAUCUUCCGCCAAGGUGGCAUGGUCGAAAUGUACAGAAUGAUUAUGCGGCCCACGCUCCUCAUUUUUUCAGUUAUACGGCCCGCUGUGAAAAAUGUUUGUUGACCCCCUGAUGUAAAUUUAUAAAUACCUAAUAUGUAAGUAUUAUUUUUGGGAAUCGUAUAAAGUGCAUUAUUAAAUGUAUAUUUGGCCAAGUAACUUUAGUAGAUGGGAAUUUCACACAUUGCCGCCGCCAUGGUUUGGUGGGUUAUUUACAGCUAUAAAUUAAAGUUACUUACUACAGAAGUAUCACUAGACCUAUCACUUGGAGGUUUUCCUGAUCUGUGAUCAAUGUUUUUUUAUAUUACAAUAACGAAGAACAUUGUAUCUACAACCAGGAGGUUUUGGUGCACUCUGGUCCAUCCUGUGGUUAUCCCUUGUACACGACACACCGCGCCAACACCCAAGAAUUUCAACUGAGGAAAGAGAGUACAUUGAGGCUAAUCUCACAUCUUGUGCUCAGACUCAGGUAAUUUUCUUCUUUUUUAAAUUUGAUGCAUGUUGUUGAGCUUGUUUGUUUGUUGAAAUGUUAAAAUAAAGUAAAUUGUGUAUUUUAGCCGAUUGUCUUAUUCAAUUAUCGGUACAUUAUUAAUAUUAUUAAUAUUUAUUAAUAUUAUUAAUACAGCUCAUUAAAUACCCAUUUCAAAACCUACAGACCUCCUGUUUUUAUAUUUUGCUUACCAUAUUUCUGAAUUAUUAAAAAUUUAAUUUUAAAAAUCUUGAAUUCAGAGCCCUGUGAUAUUAUUAGCUAAGUUUCUACUGUGGAAAUCAAUCACAUAGGAAAACACAAUUUGAGGUUUUUGAUGUAAUCUUUUGAUAACCAUUUUUUUAAAAAACCUAAAUCAAAAAACUCCAAUUGUCUUCCCGUUGGUUGUUUCAGUCUCGCCUCCAGCCCAGGUGGACCAGAGUUUUAUCAUCUCCUGCAUUCCUAGCCAUAGUGGCUGCCCACUUUGCCAACGACUGGGGAUGUUUCGCUCUGACCACUUGUCUGCCGAGCUACUUACAUCAUAUACUUGGGUAUGAAAUUAAGCAAGUGAGUAGCUCAAGGAGAUGAUUGUACAAGGGAAAAAGCUACAUUCCUUAAAUGCUCUUAUAUCAAAACAUUUCAUCAUCUAAGUUGAUGAUCAGCUUGUGCUAAUGCAGCGGUUCUCAACCUGUGGGUCAAGACCCCUUUGGGGGUCGCACACCCUUUUCCAGGUGUUGCCUAAGACCAUCUGAAAACACAUAUACUCUUCAGUUAUGAAGUAACAACUAAUUUUGGGCUUGGGGGUCGCUACAACAUGAGGAACUGUAUUCAAGGGUCGUGGCAUUAGCAAGGUUGAGAACCACUGAAAAUGAAACAUUACCGGGUAUAUUAUAUAUGUUACCAAAUGAAAGGAUCAUGUUUUUAAAAUCUUGACUUUUAGUACCGGUACAAAUAUAAUAUAAAUAACACAAGGCCUAUUUUUAGAUAUUAUUAUAGCAUGAAAGUAACAUGAAGAUUUUCACUAUGCUCAAAAUAGAGGCCUGCAAAUCAGAUAUCUAAAUUGGAAAAUAAAAAGUUAGCCAUGAAUGGCAGGACUGUAUCAAAAACUGUUUUAAAAAUCAUUUUUGUUUUGUUUUUUGUUGCUACAUUUCAGAAUGGAUUCUUGUCCUCUCUGCCAUUUCUGAUUCUUGUGGUCACCAACCCUUUGUCUGGGUAUUUGGCAGAUUUUCUACGUGCAAAACGAAAUAUAAGUACUAAAAACACAAGGAAACUGGUGAAUUCUAUAGGUGAGAUUUAGCUGUGCGUUCUUUUCAAACUAUUAAAAUAAUAAUAAUCCUAAUUAAAACUAUAUAAUAUAUAGGCCUACAUUGUUGCUUCGUUAAGUACUUUUAAUAACACUUGUUUGACAUAAAAUUCAUGCUUUAAAAUUUUCAUUUAUUUUUUUGACAUAUUAUAUAACCUCCCCCCUUAGAACAUUAACACUCAUCACCUUUUUUUUCAAAAACAGAUAUAAAUAGUUCUACUAAAAGAACUAAGAAAGUAGCCUGUAAAUCAAGUUGUUCUGUUUAAGAUGACAUUAUCUAAAAAGGCAAUUAAUAAAAAAAAGUUCUCAUGCUUUAAGUGUGGGUCGGGAAAGGGUUGCAAGUGAGAUUAGGUGCUCUGAAAAAAUAAUGUUUGAUGAAGCCGUGCAGCUCACUGGUCAAACUUUGGCUGUUCUUGUUUGUGGUGAGUUUCUGGUUGGUCAUAUUUGCGUCUCCCUCACUCCUUAGGUCUGUUUGUGCCAUCGGUCCUUAUGUUCUCAGUAUGUUACGUCGGCUCAGAUCGCAACAUUGUCGUGGCCCUGCUGACUCUAGCAGUGGGUUUCAGUGGCUUUACAAUGGCCGGCUACAGUGUAAACCACCUGGACAUAGCCCCAUCAUUUGCAGGUAUUUAUAGGCUUUACAAUGUCCGGCUACAGUGUCAUUAACAUGGACAUAUCCCAUUUACAGGUAACUGUAAUCAAAAAUGUUUUAUCAUAGUUCAAAAAUUUAAUUAAUUUAUUUGUUCUAGGAAAAAAAAUUAUUAUGAAACAGUGGAAAGAGAUUUAUGUACGGUAGUAUGUUGUCCCCAGAAAUGUUAUUUCACUGGUUUUAUCCUAAAAAAGGUCUUAAGCCACCUAUUACUAUUCUUUAAACAUAUGUUACCAGAUUUCUGAUGAAUGGAUAUAAUAGAAUGACAUUGAAUGGAGCAUUUAAGUACCAUAUGUAUAAUAAGCCUAAGACAUUUUUUUUUUGUAUUUUGACAAUGAACAUAGGACAAUUGAAGUUGUUGUUAAUUGAAAAAUGAAUUAAUAUAGAUUAUUUGUCAACAUUAUGCUUCCAAAUGUAUUUCUUACAUCAUCAUUGAUCACAUGGGGCAGUUAACUUGUUUAACACAGACAUUGAACCCUCUUUGUAAAGAAUGCUUUCUAGAAGGUGAAGUCUGUGAUAAAUGACCAAAUGCUAAUUGAGAAAAUUGCCCUUCUACUGACACAGUUUAAUCUAUAACCAACCUCAGUUGACAAACAAUCAUCAAUGAAGUUUUACUUUUCCAGGCAUCCUAUAUGGAAUAACAAACACAGUUGGGACAACGACUGGCUUCAUAGGCCCGGCUAUCUUAGCCACCCUUACAGACGGAGAGGUAACUAAAUCUUAGACUGUAUUGCUCUUGUUAAGACUCCAAAUUGAAUUAUCAAUCAACUUAGUUUUUUUUAAUUUGUUGCUGCAUAAUCUCAAUGGGGUCUUACCCAUCUGAUUCCUCCAGACUUGUGUUAGAUAAUCCGUGAGUUGCCUGUUGUCAGUUUUGGCUGGAGGGGCUGGGAGGAUCAUCUGUUUUUGUUUCACUCCAAGAUUAUUUUAAAUUUAAACUGAUUCUUCUUCUAUCGCCCUGUCUCUAUAUUUCAAACGUGCACACUCUUCAUUCCACUAUUUCCUUUGGACCGCUUCGACACAUCCCUUCAUUUAUUAUCCUUUAUUUACGGAUAUACCUAGGUUCGAUUUCAGAUUUAUUAAUUCUCUCUGCUUUAACAAGCUUAUUACAUAAAUUACAGGUCAAAAUAAAGUGCAUUACUUUCAUUGGUGCCUUAUUGUUUAAAGCAUAAAUUAAGUAACCACUGGUUAUAAACUGCAUCUUUUCUUAAUGUUGUUCACAUACAUCAAUAUUUUUUGGUUGUUUUUUACUAGCAACAUUAGCUUUAUCCCCGCUAAAACAACUGUAGCCACAAUGAACUUGCCAUCUAAUAAAGUUGCUUGACAAAACAUGCAUUCAAUCAAUUAGUACUUCCCCCAGGUUUGAAACCCCACAAUUUUUUUUCACGCCCAUUAGUAUUAAACACUUCAUUACCGAAGACGUCGACGUCAUGAUCACCCACUUUCAAUUACCAAGGACGUCACAUCGACGUCAUAAUAAAAAUUGUAGAACUUUUUUGAAAUACUGCAGGACAUCAUAUCAUUUAAUAUACAAAAAAUUCCAUCUUUUUUAGUUUUUUGUUGCUGAGUCAGCAAAAAUUGAUGCCAAAAUCCUGCGGUAAUGAAGUGGUUAACUAUAUUAAUAUUCUAAUGCCCCCCCCCCCCUUUUCCCCUUUAUAUAAAAAUUUCUUUUUUUUUAAUUUUUUGUUGCUGAGUACGAAAAAAUUAAUGCCAAAAUCCUGGGGUAAAUAAAUGGUUAACUUUUUUUAUAUUCUAAUGCCCCCCCCCCCCUUUUCCACUUUAUAACAAAAUGUUUAAAUUGAGACUAUUUCUGUAAAACAAAAGAAAAAUACAACCAAAGUUGAGUAAUCAGGAAAUUUAUUUUAGUGAAAGCAUUAGUGACAUUAGUUGAUUGAUAAAUUGUUAUGUAGAGAAUUCAGUAUUUUGAAUUUGAUUAAAGUCCGCACCCCUAGUUUAAAGACAUAUGUUAGGAGAAAUAAGCAUGUGAACAAUACUGUAUUUAGUAUAGAACUUAAGGAUAUGUUUGCUUAUAUGUAUAAUAAUUCACCAGGGUUGAGAAAGGUGACAGAUAAUGUAGAUUUACGCCGUCUUCUAAAGUAUAUUUUUGAAAAAUGUUUAUCUGAAACAGAAUAACAAGCACCAGUGGAUGAUAUUCUUCUACAUAACAUCCGGCAUCUUCUUUGUGGGAGGCUUAACGUUCCUGCUCUUUGCCGAGGGAGAGCCCCAGGACUGGAGGAUGCCUGCAGUUGAAAUCAUCGUGCAGCCUCCACUUCCCAUCACCUACGAAGACAGUGAACAUACUCCUGAUAUUAACACAAUGUCAGUACAGACACACAGCAGUGACACAGACUCGCCUAGUGACAGUGAUUCUGACAAAGAAUGGGAAGAGCUCAUUUCUCAUCGGCGAUCACGUCGGACGGCUCCGGUUCAUUCGCUUCUAUGCAACUUACAAUCGUACUAAGAAAUUUAGACUUCCCAGUUUAUUUCUUCAGCUCUAAAAGAUCCAAUAUGCUGUUCUUGGAGAGGGGAAUUUGUGCUAGCUAUCUGACUGAAGUAUUCUAUACAUUAUAUGAAUUAAUUUAUUUCCAAGUUGAUGGUACCAAAUUGUCUUUGUUGUACGCCUUGUUAAAACAGUGUUGUGAGUAGAAGUGCAAUAACGAUUAGUAAUUUUUAUUUAUAUAGGGGGUUGGGAG